AUGGGCAGUAGCGACACCAUCGAGCCGAUGCAGCAGCAGGAAGAAGCUGUGGAGGUGGACGAAUCGUCUUUUAGCGUGCUCGUAGCACCUCCCGCCGGUAAAACAGGCCAACCCUUGCGUUUGGAGAGCGUGAGCCCCUCGGACACUGUCUUGGCGCUACGCCAGCUUAUUGGCGAGUUCCCAGCGCUAGCAUGCUACACGUGCUACCACUUGGAAGCCAAGCGCCUUACGGACGACACCUGGGAGCCGCUCAAUGACUUCGUGGAGCUCAGCGAAUACGAGAAUGUGACGGAUGGUGUCACGUUGCGCAUGAUGCUGGACAAGUACGACGCCCGCAAGGCGCGCGCCCAGGUGCGUCGCUUCCGUGACGUGCUAAGCAACCCACCUAUUCCCCAGGCCGCCGUAGAGCUCGAGACCCAGCCGGAGACUGCCGACAAGGUCGAGGAGCCUGCCGACAGCAAGGAAAUUGACGAACAGAAGCUCAAGGAGAUUUCAGAACAACAACUCAAGCGUCUGCGUGAAAUCCACCACAAGCUUGAGGGCAUCGAGAUUCCCGUUAAACCCGAGCUCUCGGAAUUUUACUCCUUCCCUGGUGCCACCACCGCCGUGAAGGAGGAGUCGGAGCAAACGGAUACGCCUGCUAAAAUCAAGAAAGGGAAGAAAGGGAAAAAGAACCAACACAAGCAAAAGCAGCAGCAGCAAAACGAAACCAACCAGAAGGAACAGGAGCAGCAGCCAAUCGCCAAACUCCCUGCCUGUGUUCAGAGCAUCGUGUUCUCGGGCUACAAUCCACCCCCAGGACCGCGCAAGCUGGCGGGCGACCUGCUGUACUUGGAAGUGGUCGCCGCUGGUGACAACAGUCGCUACCACAUCACGUCGCACGUCAACGGCUUCUUCGUGAACCGCUCGACUGCCACCAAGUUCGACCCACGUCCGCACAAGACUGUUCCUGCCCACUCACACUUGUUGGUUGACGUCCUGAGCAAUGUGUCACCGAAGUUCAAGGAGUCAUAUGGUGCUCUCCUCGCUAAGGCUGCUUCACUGGCUAAGGAGGGGCCUUCUUCGAUUGAAUGGAUGGUAGCUGCUGGUUCCAGUUUGGGUGGGAAACUUCCGUGGAACACGCCUGUUGCUGCAGCGAUGGAGGAGCACUCGUAUGACCUUAACCGUGCCGAAGAUGAGCUUUGUACCACUUACGGCAUGGACGAGCGUGGUGUGUUGCGCGACUGGAAUGAAGAAUACCAGUGCUGCCGCGAAUUGCCCAAGGACACACUGAAGGCGGAGAUUGUGCGUGCUCGUGUCAUGUAUAAGAUUGUUGCGGAGUUUGUGGAGGCUGCGACUAAGGGCGCAGUGGCAAUUGUCGAGGGCAACAUUCCUCCUAUCAACCCCAUGGACGACAAGAGUGCUCACGUCUAUGUUUUCAACAAUAUCUUCUUCUCCGUGUCCAUUGACGGGAAGUCUACCAAGGACGCUGCUGGAGGUGAGGAAAAUGCCUACUCGGCCGCCAACCGCGACUUACAGGGUGUCAAGGCCUUUAAUGAUGCCGAUGUAAGGGAUCUGCACACUUUGGCCACGACUGUGGUGGACUACCUUGGUGUUCGUGUCAUUGCCCAGAGCCUUAUCCCGGGAAUCCUGAUGGGCGACGCUGCAUCGAAGCUUGUGUAUGGCUCGGUGGACCACGGAAAGACUAUUGCAUCCAAUAGCACGAUGCACGAGCUCAUGCUUGAGGCAGGAAAAAAACUGCACAUCGCCGAGCGUAGCAUCAAACCCCUAGGCAAAAGUGAAGAAGAUGUGGCUGCUGAGAAGGAGCAGGAGGCUUUAGAUAUACCCCUCGUGAGCAGUGGUGAGGCCAGCACUGACGUGACCACCAUUUGUGGUGCUGUUGAGGCCAAGGGAAUUCAAGGCUCGGAUGGACGUCUGUAUGUCCUGGAUCUCGUCCGCAUUACUCCGAAGGAUUGGACAUUUUACAAGAACCGCGGCGCUGCUAGGAAGAAUUCCAAGGAAAAUAAGGAUGUUGUGCCUGAAGAGGACGGAUUGUGCUUUACGCGUAAUGAUGAAGGCUAUGCAGCUCUGCUGCGACCGGAGCUGGUUCAGCUGUACUCGCUCUGGAAGGAAAACCAGGCUCGCCGCGCCAUCCGUGAGGUGCGCAAGGCUGCGAAGAAGGAGGAAAAGGGUACGGAAGAUAACGCCUCGAUAAAGAAUGAUGCUGAGAAGAAGGACACUGAGGAGAACGAGCAAGAGGAAGAAGAAGACGAAGAGAUCCCUCCAGUGCUGCUCAACCCAAACGUCUUCAUGGACUAUGCGGCUUCCACCGAUUCGGAGCAGCGUGAGGCUGACAAGGCAGCGGCGAAGGACGCCGCGGAGUAUAUGCAGCGGAUCGUUGUGCCGGCGUUUGUCGCUGAUGUUCGUCGUGGAGCUAUAGCCCCCGCCGAUGGCUACGCCCUCACGCAGCUGAUGCACUCUUGCGGUAUCAACAUGCGUUACCUGGGUCGUUUGGCCUCGCUUGCCAAGAAGCUAGAGGCCAUUAGCGGUAUUUCCAAGUACUUGCUGGAGAUACUUGAGGUGGAGAUGAUCGCGCGUGUUGCGAAGCAUAUCCUGGCUGAUGUUUUGAACUCCAACGACUCCAUUCGGGCCGCCCCGGGAACCGCCAUUGUGAAGCUCCUCAACGGCAUUCUUGGAUCGAGCUCAGCUGCUGUUUCGGAGAAGGCAGACGAAACCUGUAGUACUGAUGCUACCACAACGACCUCACUGGAUUCCAAGACGCUGUGGACGCGCAUUGACAUGGAGAUUAAGGCCCGCUUCGACUACAAGCUGACUCUUUGGGGCCCUGGCCGUGACGAAUCUCGUGGUGAAAAUGCUGUCUACCUUGUUGGCCGUGUGAGUAAGUCUGUCAUGUUGCGGCGUCUGUGUCAGCGUCUGGGUCUCCGUGUGGUGAGCCGUAACUACGAGUUCUCAUCGUCGUCUCCAAUCAGCUUGGAUGACAUUAGUGGUGUCGUGCCUGUCGUCAAGACUUCUUUGCCUGCACACCCGUUGACUCGUGCUAAGCAGCUCCUUGAACGUGGUCGUAUGCACUUGAGCCAGGGCGCACUGUCAAGUGCAUACGAGUUUCUUCAGGAAGCAUCAUCUCUGCUCUUCCAGGUGUGUGGUGCAGCCCACGAGGACGCUGCACUCUGCAGCUCGUCGCUCGCUACUGUACUCUACCACGCUGGUGACGUUGCUGGAGCUAUUGCGCAGCAGCAGCGAGCACUGGCGUUGUACACACAGCUCCGAGGUAUCGAUUAUCAUGACACGGCUUACGCGCACGCUAAUUUGGCGUUGUUCCUGCAUGCGAACGCCCAGACGGACCUGGCGGUGCCACACAUCCGCCGUGCUAUUUACCUGCUGGAGUUCUGCUGCGGCCCUCACUUCCCUGAGAUUAGCUCGCUCUACUUCAAAAUGGGUAUAAUGUGCCAGGAUGUGGGGCAGAUUACGCUGGCUCUGAUGUGCCACCGUGAGUCUCUCCGUCGCGGCGAGUUUGACCGCAAUCAAGCGGCUAACGUUCUCCAUCAAAUGGCUCUGGCGUGCGGUCUGGCUGGCGGCUACCGUGAGGCUCUGAUGUACGAGAAGAAGGUGUAUUCGCUCAUGAAGGAGGCGUUCGGACACGAGGACCCGCGAGUGAUUGAGUCGGCCAAGUUCAUGGCCAAGUUCACGGAGAGGGCCGUUGAGGGUGCCAAGGGCCGUCGGGAGGUUGAUGCUGCUGAGGCGGCUGAUGCGAUUGCUAACGAGCUACUCGGUGAGCUAGAGCUCAAGACCCAGUCGAACCAAGAUGCUGGAUCGCCGCCUGCAGCCAAGAAGAAAAUCCGCAAGUCCAAGAACGGUGGCAAGAAGCACUAA